AUGAAGCGCUUCCCAUUAACGGCAAAUGGAAAAAUCGAUCAAAACUCAAUGCCAAAGCCUGAUUUUAGUAUAAUAAUACCUAAAGAAAUCGAUUCUUAUUCACAUCCAAUUACGAAGCUCGAAGAAAAACUUCAGAAAAUCUUCGUUGAAGCAUUUCAUUUUGAAGCAUCUCCUGAUGUUAAUAUCUCUUUUGGUCGAUUGGGUGGUACAUCACUUGGAGCUAUGCGAGCUCUUUCACUAAUCCGACAAAAUAUUUAUUCACAAAUGAAUAUUAACCUUCUAUUUACAAAUUCAUCUGUUCGACAACUUGCUAAAGUUCUUCAACCGCUGAUUAUUGACAAAAAGUAUGACUUAGUUAUAGAACCGAUAAAAACACACGAGAAUGAAGCUUCUCGUCCCAUGCCAUCAACUAUCAGUGAAACUAUUGGUAUUCUAUUUCUAGUUACUCUUUGGAUCUUACCUAUCCUAUUAAUUGUUUUAUGCUCUUCAAUAACACUUCUAUUAACCGUUCCAUUCAUUCAUUUGUUUAUCUAUGUACUUUGUAAAAAUUUGCUUUUUCCGUUGGGCAUGUCAAGAAUAGAAGAUGUACUGUUUUCGUCUAAAUACUAUUCUUGGUGGUUUCUACAACGCAUGUGGACUUUAAAUACGUUUUGGCUCAAUCAUUUGCAAGGUACAUUAUUCUACAAUGCCUAUCUACGUUUGUGUGGUGCUCGUAUCGGUCAUCAUACGAAUAUUGAUACUUCAUUUAUCGAUACACCAGAUCUUCUCGAAGUAGGUGAUUCAACUUACAUCGGUGACGAAGUUGUUCUUUCUUCUCUUACCUAUUAUGAUCGCACUUUCAAACUACAUCCGAUUCGAAUUGGUUCAAAUUGUUCAAUCGGUUGUCGAAGUGUUCUGCACGAUGGAGUCGAAAUCGAGAAACAAGUUGUAAUAAAAUCGAUGUCUCCUGUGACUGGUCACAUUUCAAGUACAUCAGUUAUCGAUGGUCUGUCACAACGAAUCGAUAAGGAUCAGUCUUCAUUAGACAAGUAUAACAGUGCACUCUCUAAAUCACAAGUAGUUUUUCAACUUAUUUCAAUUUUGACUAUGUUUUCUGUUCACAUUUAUCUAUUCACAUUGACUUUUUCAUGUCUACCAUCGAUAAUUCCAUUAUUUAUUCGCCUAGCUAUUGUUUGGCUUACUUGGUCAAUCAGUCGCAUGGUUAUAUGUGUUGUUCUUCUCAAAUUUAUCGUUGGUGAAGCACAACCAGGUUUAUAUCCUCUAAACUCAUGGUAUUUUUUGCGCAAACUAUGGCUUCGUCAACUUGUUGCUCGAUCGUUGGCAUGUUCAUUCGUAUCAAAUAUAGGUCCAUAUCAUCUUCUGUUUCCUCGUCUUCUUCGGUGGCUUGGUGCUUGGAUCGCUGAAUCAAAUGACAUUCGCAUAUCUCAACCACAUUUUCUACUAGCUUUUCCGACGAAUCUCGUUCACAUAGAACAAGGUGUCACAGUAAAUGGAUCUGUUCUAUUUGUUCCGUUCAAUGUAACAACAAAUGGUCAAUGUGAAGUGAAAAGAAUUCGACUCGGUCGAAAAGUUCAACUUGGUAAUUAUUGCACGAUACAACCAGGAGCAAAUAUUGCGAAGCAGACGCUUGUCGGCACAAUGACUCGUAUUGAUGAAGAGCCGAGUAAGGUAACUGAUGAUGAUGACCAUUGUAGAGUGAUGCUUGGCAUUCCAGCUCGAUUGAUGCCGUUUCAAGAAUUUAGUCUAUUCUCAAUGUCAACAAAAAUUUUUUCAUCAUCCAUUUACUUUGAUAUAGCUGGUGCUAUCGGAAUUCGAUUGUUAAUCAAUGUAAUUCUCUCAUUUGUAUUGAUUCAUGCACCUUCAUUACUUCUGAUAUAUUUUCUUACCUGA